AUGCGCACCUCCGUCUCGGGCUCCCUGCCGGCGUCGCUCUCCCGCACAAACCUCACCUCCGUCAGCUUCUUCAGCAACAAGCUGACCGGAAGGAUCCCCAGGUCGCUCCAGGACCUGCCUUACCUGACCUACUUCGACGCCUCGAACAACCGCCUCGUCGGCCGGAUCCCGCCGGGGCUGGUGAGCAACGGCGCGCCCGACAGGCUCCUGGGCCUGACGCUGACGAACAACCGGCUAACGGGGCCGAUCCCCCGGAUGUACGGGCGCGAGAGGUACUUCAUGAACUUCCGGGUGGCCAACAACAGGCUAACGGGGGACGCGGCGUUCCUGUUCGGCCGGCGGAACACGGUGUACGACGUCGACCUGUCCGGGAACAGGCUGCGGUUCAACCUGACCGGCGUGGAGAUGCCAGAGAACCUGCUGUUCCUCAACAUGAGCCGCAACCGGAUCUACGGCGGCGUGCCGGCGUCGCUGACGCAGUUGAAGAAGUUGACCACGCUCGACCUCAGCUACAACCAGCUCUGCGGGGAGAUACCGACCGGCGGGAACAUGGGUCGGUUCAAGCCGGAGGCCUACGAGCACAACAAGUGCCUGUGCGGGACCCCGUUGCCGGCGUGCUAG